UUGUAUGUUUUUCACUGGAGUUCUCAUGUGAAUUAUUGUGCGUUUUUAGUCACUCAAUUCAUCUUUUCUCGUCUGUUCGUAGCUGUUGUAUGUGUUUUAUUCAUUUCUCCUUUUCAUCUUCAUAUGUUUACUAAUUUAUCAAAGAUAGCCUUCCUUCUGUCAUAGAUUCACUAGUUAGAUUGUAGGGUUGUUUACAAUUAAUCUGCUGUUUGAUUACUGACUCCCAAAUUCAUGCUGACAAGCUUACUAAGCCUCUUACUCAUCAUAAAUGGAGUGCCCAUGGAACGUUUUCACAAGAAACAGCUAGUAAGCUCAAAACAAAACCUCAAAGGAUUGAUUCUUUACCAAGUGUUGGAGGACCUUUGGGCGAUAAUUCGAAAGAAGGCACUACAUGAAAAUAGAGAUGUGUCGAAAAAAAGUUGACUAGAAGAAAAAGGGGAUGUAGUGGGCUUGGUCCAAUCAAAUGACAGUCCAUUAUAAUCGGGGGAGGUUGGCAGUUGAUAAUAUAAUAUAAGGGCUUGGAGUAAUUGGAGGAGAGAAGGAAAAUAGAUGAAAUAAUGAUAGUUCCAAGGAAGGAAAUUGAAGAGGCUGGAGCCAAAGUGAGGGGUGCUGAUUAUUGUAAAGUAAACGAUGUUGGAUAAAUAAAAAGUUACUCACUAUUAAUGAAGUAACUAUUUACAAUGAAGAUGACGUUUAUGAGGUGGGCUUUAGUUGUCCUGAUGAGAUAUUGAAUGUAUAAUUUAUUUUGCUCAAGAUUGAUUUUGGUGAAAGUAUUAAUGGGGUCAACAAAACACGAGAAGGAAUUUAUAGUUGGACAACGGAAUAGCAGAGAAAAGAUAAAACAUUAAAUGAAAAUGAAAAGAAGUUGAAAGAGUAGUGCUGGAAAUCCAGGAGAUGGUUGGCAUUUCGACAAGGGGCUCUCUAUGGGUUAUAAAAAUGAAAGUAUGAAUGAAGUAGAGCCAACUGCGAACUCUUUUCAAUGAUUUGCUUACCUUUAUUUAAACUUGGGCUUUAAAAGGUCGAUUUUUUCUCGCUUCCUCUUAUUUUCUUCCAUUGUAAAUUAUGAAGGGAAAAUCCCUCGUCAUGCAAGACAGAAGUCCUUAGUGAACUUGAGGUUGUAGAACCAGCAUUUACAGAGUCGCCUAUGGAUGAAUCAUCUGAAGAGUUUACAGAGUCAUCUACGGACGAGUUGCCUUUAGGGAAUCAUGCCUACGCACUUGAGCUUAGGCAGGCAGGGGUUCUAGGCAACUUCUUUCCUAGACGUAGUUCUACUACGUAUUUAAUUGAGCUUCACACCCAGCGGUUAAUGACCGGUAAAUGGCAGCUGUUCUCGCCACUGGCUGUAUGGUAAUGGCAUAUCUGAAGUGCCGUGCACUUGUUCUCGCUAAAGGGUUUCAUUUGUGUGAUUCUAAUAGGGUGAAAAUGCCAAUGAUAACCUCAGAUCUCAUGAUCCCAAGUCCCUUUGCCUUUUCUAUUCAACAAUUGGGAUAUGUUGACGUUGAUGACUUAAAUAUUUUGUUAAAGGUUGUCCCAUACUUUCCAAGCGAUGGGCACACCUUUGGAGUCCCCAAUGGGUUUACGUGGAACAACGAUGAAUACAUACAUGCUGUUGAAUAUGCAAGAAGGUUAGGCAUGCACUUUAGCAUUGUGUACCCAAAAGUGAAGUGUGGGUCAGCCUGGUGGCUAUUUAAGCAAGAGUUCUCUGAAGGUAUUUUUAAACUGCAAUGUCCUCUACCAGAAACCAACUUUACCGAGACAAUGGCAGUGAUUCACACACUAUUUUUAUCUGGAACCCAACCCAACAUGACCAAUGCUAUUGCUGACCUGACUCCACUUGGGACCGACAAUUACGGUUAUAUGCUGUUUAACCCACAUAUUGGCAUCAACAUUGAUUCUUAUGGAGCCUUUUCAAAUCAAAAUAUAGACUUUGACAAUUGGAGUACUAUUUAAUUUUAUCAGAGUUUUAGUUAUGAAUUGAUAAAUAAGUCUUAGUUUAUGGAUAUAUUUGUUUUAUUUUGUUACUUUGUUUAAUGACUACUGAGGGGAAUUAAAUAUCUUGAAGGACUAAAUGACAACGGCCUCUGUUACAGUCCA